GAUGCCACCUUGGCCAUCGUCUUAGACGUUACCGGCUCCAUGUGGGACGACCUGAUGCAGGUGAUGCACGGCGCCUCGCGCAUUCUGGAGCACAGCCUGAGCCGUGGCAGCCAGGCCAUCGGCAACUACGCGCUGGUGCCCUUCCGUGAUCCAGAUAUUGGCCCGGUGACCCUCACGGCCGACCCAGCGGUGUUUCAGAGGGAGCUGAGAGAACUCUACGUGCAGGGAGGCGGGGACUGCCCAGAGAUGAGCAUGGGGGCCAUUAAGGCUGCCGUGGAGGUCGCCAACCCCGGCUCCUUCAUCUACGUUUUCUCGGACGCCCGCGCCAAGGAUUACCGCAAGAAGGACGAGGUGCUGCAGCUGCUGCAGCUUAAACAGUCACAGGUGGUCUUUGUGCUGACCGGGGACUGUGGUGACCGUACUCAUCCUGGCUACCUGGCCUACGAGGAGAUUGCUGCCACCAGCUCCGGGCAGGUGUUCCACCUGGACAGGCAGCAGGUGACCGAGGUGCUGAAGUGGGUGGAGUCAGCAAUCCAGACCUCCAAGGUGCACCUGCUGUCCACGGACCACGAGGAAGACGGCGAGCACACGUGGAAGAUCCCCUUUGACCCCAGCCUGAAGGAGGUCACCAUCUCCCUGAGUGGCCCGGGGCCCGAGAUCGAAGUCCAAGACCCGCUGGGGAGGAUCGUGCAGAGGGACGAGGGCCUCGACGUGCUCCUCAACAUCCCUGACUCGGCCAAGGUUGUGGCCUUUAAGCCUGAGCAUCCUGGGCUGUGGUCCAUUAAGGUCUAUAGCAGCGGCCGCCAUUCGGUCAGGAUCACGGGCAUCAGCAACGUCGACUUCCGAGCUGGCUUCUCCACUCAGCCCUCCCUGGACCUCAGCCACACCAUCGAGUGGCCCCUGCAAGGGGUGCCCAUCUCCCUGGUGAUCAACUCCACAGGCCUGCAGGCACCCGGCCGCCUGGACUCGAUGGAGCUCUCACACAGCUCAGGGCGGUCCCUCCUGACUUUGCCCAUACGGCUCCUCUCCAACGCAUCCACCCAUCAGCUGUGGGGCGGGCCGUCCUUCCGCACCCCCCGGGAGCGUUUCUACCUCAAGGUGAAGGGCAAGGACCACGAGGGAAACCCCCUCCUCCGCGUCUCUGGAGUUUCCUACCGCGGGGUGGGCCCAGGUGCCCCCCUGGUCAGCAUGCCCCCCAGGAUCCACGGCUACCUGCACCAGCCCCUGGUGGUCUCCUGCUCUGUGCACAGCGCCCUCCCCUUCUGGCUACAGCUGCGGCGGGAUGGAGCCAGGCUGGGCGAGGAGAGGCACUUUCAGGGGUCAGGGAACAGCAGCUGGGAGAUCCCGCGGGCCUCCAAGGCUGAGGAAGGCACAUAUGAAUGCACAGCGGUCAGCGGGGCUGGGACCGGACGAGCAAAGGCCCAGAUUGUCGUCACAGACCCCCCGCCGCAGGUGGUCCCUGUCCCCAACGUGACCGUGUCCUCUGGAGAGACCGCCAUCCUGUCCUGCCGGGUCCUGGGCGAGUCCCCCUACAACCUGACGUGGGUCCGGGACUGGCGAGUCCUGUCGGCCUCGACGGGCAGAGUCACCCAGUUGGCCAACCUGUCCCUGGAGGUCAGGGACAUCACCCCCAGUGACGGCGGGCGGUACCAGUGCAUGGCCAGCAACUCCAACGGGGUCACGAGGGCGUCCGUCUGGCUCCUGGUGCGAGAGGCCCCACAGGCCAGCAUCCACACCAGGUCACAGCGCUUUUCCCAGGGCAUGGAGAUCAGGGUCAGCUGCUCGGCCUCUGGAUACCCUGCACCCCACAUUUCCUGGAGCCAUGAGGGUCAUGCCCUGCAAGAGGACAGCAGAGUCCGCGUGGAUGCCCAGGGAACCCUGAUCAUUCAGGGAGUGGCCCCAGAGGAUGCUGGGAAUUACAGCUGCCAGGCUGCUAAUGAUGUUGGCACAGACGAGAAGACAGUCACCCUCUACUAUGCAGACCCACCGUCCGUCUCGGCCACGAAUGCCGUGGUGCUGGCCGCCGUCGGGGAGGAGGCCGUGCUGGCGUGUGAGGCGUCCGGGGUACCUCCGCCCCGGAUCAUCUGGUAUCGAGAGGGUCUUGAAAUGAUUCUGGCCUCUGAGGCCUCCAGCUCUGGGAUCCUGCGAAUCCCGGUGGCUCGGGAGAGGGAUGCUGGCCUCUAUACCUGCCGAGCUGUCAAUGAGUUGGGCGAUGCCUCUGCAGAAAUCCGGCUGGAGGUUGGACAUGCGCCCCAGCUGACAGAGCUGCCCCAGGAUGUCACCGUGGAACUGGGGAGGAGCGCCCUCCUGGCAUGCCGGGCCACGGGCCGCCCAUCCCCUAUGGUCACCUGGCGCCGUGGAGAUGGCCAGCCGCUGGGGCCCGGGCAGGGCAGCGCAACUGGGCGGCCUGAUUCCGGAGUGCUGUUCUUUGACAGUGUGAUUCCUGAAGACCAGGCCCCGUAUGUCUGUGAAGCUCAAAAUGUCUUCGGGAAAGUACAGGCAGAGGCCCACCUCCUUGUGACUGGACAUGCACCUCCACAGAUUGCCAGCAGCGCCUCCACCGUCCGGGUGCUGGAGAGGCAGCCUGUGUCCCUGCCCUGCAUCAUCCUGGCUGGGAGGCCCCGCCCUGAGAGGCGCUGGCUCAAGGCCGGCCAGCCCCUCCCACCGGGCAGCCAGCAUUCCGUCCGAGCAGAUGGCAGUCUCCACCUUGACCAGGCACUGUUGGAGGAUGCAGGGAGGUACACCUGUUUGGUCAGCAACACGGCCGGCUCUCAGCACAGGGACGUGCAGCUGGUUGUCCAGGUGCCACCUAGAAUCCAGCCCACUGCCACCCACCAUAUCACCAAUGAAGGCGUUCCAGCCUCUCUCCCCUGUGUAGCCUCAGGAGUGCCCACCCCUACCGUCACCUGGACCAAGGAAACCAAUGCCCUGGCCUCCAGGGAUCCCCACUACAAUGUGAGCAAGGAUGGUACCCUGGUCAUUGCCCGGCCAUCUGCCCAGGAUGCAGGGGCCUAUGUCUGCACAGCCACCAACGCCGUGGGCUUCUCCAGCCAGGAGAUGCAGCUUUCUGUCAACACCAAGCCCAGGAUCCUUGUGAAUGGGUCAUGUGACGCAGACAAGCCUCUGAGGGUCACAGCCAAGGCCAGUGACGAGGUGACCCUGGACUGUGAAGCCCAGGGCUCUCCACCCCCACUGGUCACCUGGGCCAAGGACUCCCUUCCUGUGCCACCCGUCACCGACAGGCAUUGCCUCCUCCCAUCAGGCUCCCUGCAUCUGGCCCAGGCCCAGGUGAGUGACAGUGGCCUCUAUGAAUGCACAGCCAGUAACCCUGCGGGGUCCGCUGCUCGGUACUACAUCCUCAGGGUGCAAGUGCCCCCCCAGGUGCAGCCAGGCCCACGGGUUCUGAAGGCAUUGGUGGGGGAGGCUCUGGACCUGAACUGCGUGGCCGAGGGCAACCCGGAGCCCCAGCUGACCUGGUCCAAGGAUGGGGUGGCCCUGCGCAGCGGGGGGCCCAAGGGCUCCGUCCACUUCAUGGCCAUCCAAACCUCGGACGCUGGGACGUACCGCUGUGAGGCCUCCAGCAGCGCUGGGGUGGAUGCCUGGGAGCUGAAGCUCAGGGUGCUGGAGCCGCCAUACUGGGGGGCCGAUGAGACCAGUGGCCUGCUGGAGAGGGUAGCAGGAGAGAACGCCAGCUUGCCGUGCCCUGCCAGAGGAACGCCCAAGCCGCAGGUCACGUGGUGGAAGGGCCCAUCCUCAGAGCCCCUGCGUGGCCGGCCGGGCCUGGCAGUGCUGGAUGAAGGCUCUCUGUUUCUGGCCUCGGUCUCUCCCACCGACGGUGGAGACUAUGAGUGUCAGGCCACCAACGAGGCGGGCUCCGCAUCCAGGAGAGCCAAGCUUGUAGUCCAUGUGCCCCCUAGCAUCCGGGAGAACGGGCACAGGGCCAACGUGUCAGGCAUGGCCGGGCAGUCCCUGACGCUGGAGUGUGACGCAAAUGGCUUUCCGGCCCCCGAGAUCACAUGGCUCAAGGAUGGGCAGCAGGUGGGUGUCCCCUGGGGUGGAUGGCCUAUCCCCGAGGUGGGCAGCCACCGCCUCCUGGACGGGGCCCGGGCCCUCUACUUUCCCAGGAUCCAGGAGGGCGAUUCUGGCCUCUACUCCUGCAGGGCCGAGAACCAGGCUGGGACUGCGCAGAGGGACUUUGAUCUCCUUGUGCUCAUCCCACCUUCCGUGCUUGGAGCCGAGGCCGCUCAGGAGGUGCUGGGCCUGACUGGUGUAGGGGUGGAGCUGGAGUGCCAGACCUCGGGGGUCCCCACGCCCCAGAUGGAAUGGACCAAGGAUGGGCAACCUGUCCUUCCGGGGGACCCUCGCAUCCAGCUGCGGGAGGACGGCCAGGUUCUCAGAAUCACCACCGGUCACCUGGGGGAUGAAGGGCGGUACCAGUGCGUGGCCUUCAGCCCAGCCGGCCAGCAGGCCAAGGACUUUCAGCUCAGAAUCCACUCACCUCCCACCAUCUGGGGCUCCAACGAGACAAGUGAGUUGGCCGUCAUGGAGGGCCACCCCAUGCGGCUCCUGUGUGAAGCCCGAGGAGUGCCCACGCCUGACAUCAUCUGGUUCAAGGAUGGGGACCCCCUGCUUCCCAGUGCCGGGGCCGUCUACACCAGGGGCGGCCGACAGCUGCAGCUGGAGAGGGCCCAGGGCUCGGACACUGGCAUCUACACCUGCAAGGCCAGCAACCCCGUGGGAGUCGUGGAGAAGUCCACCCGGCUGGAGGUUUUCGUUCCGCCCACCAUCGAGGGCGCUGGCAGAGGGCCCCGUGUGGUGAAGGCCGUGGCCGGGAGGCCCUUGGCGCUGGAGUGUGUGGCCAGAGGCCACCCACCCCCCACCCUCUCCUGGCACCACGAGGGGCUACCCGUGGCGGAGAGCAAUGGGACGUGGCUGGAGGCGGGCGGCGGCAUGCUGAGCCUGGAGAGCCUGGGGGAGGCGUCUGGAGGCCUGUACAGCUGCGUGGCCAGCAGCCCCGCUGGGGAGGCCGUGCUGCAAUACUCCGUGGAGGUGCAGGUGCCCCCGCAGCUCCUGUUGGCUGAAGGCUUGGGCCCGGUGACCACCCUCGUAGGACAGCCCCUGGACCUUCCCUGCCAGGCCUCAGGCUCCCCAGUGCCCGCGAUCCAGUGGCUGCAGAAUGGCCGCCCAGCCGAGGAGCUGGCCGGGGUGCAACUGACCUCGCAGGGGACCACACUGCACAUCGACCACGUGGAGCUGGACCACGCGGGCCUCUUCGCCUGCCAGGCCACCAAUGAAGCAGGCACUGCAGGGGCUGAAGUGGAGUUGUCUGUGCACGGUGAGGGCGGCCUGGGAGCUCCCGUCGGUGGUCAUAGUUGGGGGUGAGAACAUCACAGCCCCUUUCCUGCAGCCUGUGACCCUCCAAUGUGCAGGGACUGGGGUACCUACCCCAAGCCUCCGCUGGUGGAAGGAUGGUGUGGCCCUGGCAGCCUCGGGGGGGAACCUGCAGGUACGUGCAAGGGCCCCAACACCUGCCUUCUCCACCAGAUCGAGAAGGUGGACCUGAGGGACGAAGGCAUCUACACUUGUGCUGCCACUAACCUGGCUGGGGAGAGCAGGAGAGACGUGGCGCUCAAGGUGUUGGUGCCCCCCAAUAUCGAGCCGGGCCUGGUCAAAAAGGCAGUGCUGGAAAAUGCCUCCGUAAACUUGGAGUGUCUGGCUUCAGGUGUACCCCCUCCUGAUAUCUCCUGGUUCAAGGGCCACCAGCCUGUCUCUGCCCAGAAGGGAGUGACGGUGUCAGCUGAUGGGAGAGUUCUCCUCAUUGAGCGAGCCCGAUUUUCUGACACUGGGAGCUACCGCUGUGUGGCAUCCAAUGUGGCAGGCAGCACAGAGCUGCAGUAUGGCCUUCGGGUCAAUGCGCCUCCGCACAUCACUCUGCCACCCAGCCUGCCGGGCCCCGUGAUGCUCCACAACCCAGUUCGGCUGACCUGUAACGCCACGGGAGCCCCCAGCCCCAUGCUGAUGUGGCUGAAGGAUGGAAACCCCGUGUCCACUGCAGGGACCUCUGGCCUCCAGGUCUUCCCUGGGGGCCGGGUCCUCAUGCUGGCCAGUGCCCGGGCUUCCGACUCUGGCAGCUACUCCUGCGUGGCCGUGAAUGCGGUGGGCGAGGACCGCCGGGACGUCAUCCUGCAUGUCCACAUGCCCCCAAGCAUCCUUGGAGAAGAGCUGAAUGUGUCCGUCGUGGCCAACGAGUCAGUGGCCCUGGAGUGCCAGAGCCACGCUGUGCCCCCUCCCGUGCUGAGCUGGCGGAAGGACGGCCGCCCCCUGGAGCCCCGGCCUGGCAUCCGCCUCUCCGCAGACAAGGCCUUGCUGGAGGUGGACAGAGCCGGGGUGGAGGACGCAGGCCGCUAUACCUGCGAGGCGCGGAACCAGGCAGGCUGCUCGGAGAAACACUACAACCUAAAUGUCUGGGUCCCUCCAGUAUUCCCCUCACCAGAGCCUCGCACCCUGACUGUGACCGAGGGGCACCCCGCCAGGCUGUCCUGCGAAUGUUGGGGCGUCCCCUUCCCCAAGAUCUCCUGGAGGAAGGACGGUCAGCCUCUGCCCGUGGAUGGGGCCGGCCUUGGGCAGGUGUCAGCUGUGGGGCGGCUGCUGUAUCUAGCACAGGCCCAGCUGGCCCAGGAGGGAACGUACACCUGUGAGUGCAGCAACGUGGCUGGAAAUAGCAGCCAGGACCAGCAGCUGGAGGUGCAUGUUCCCCCACAGAUCGCGGGCCCCCGGGAGCCCCACACACAGGUGUCCGUGGUCCAGGACGAGGACGCCACUCUGGAAUGCAACGCCACAGGGAAACCCCUGCCCAGGGUGACGUGGGAGCGGGACGGCGAGCCAGUGGGGGCCGAGCCUGGCCUGUGGCUGCAGAGCCAGGGUCAGAGGCUGCACGUGGAGCACGCUCGGGCUGUCCACGCCGGGCGCUACAGCUGCAUGGCUGAGAACGUGGCCGGGAGGGCCGAGAGGAGGUUUUCGCUCUCUGUGCUGGUGCCCCCAGAGCUCAUUGGAGACUUGGACCCACUGACCAACGUCACGGUUGCCUUGCACAGCCCCUUGACGCUGCUCUGUCAAGCCACAGGCAUCCCACCUCCAGGGGUCCUCUGGUUCCGAGGGGAGGAACCCAUCAGCCCUGGGGAGGACACCUACCUCUUGGCAGGUGGCUGGAUGCUGAAGAUGACCCGGGCCCAGGAGCGAGACAGAGGCCUCUACUCGUGCCUGGCAGGCAACGAGGCUGGGGAGGUGCGGAGGAACUUCAGCGUGGAGGUCCUGGUUCCUCCCAGUAUCGAGAAUGAGGACCUGGAGGAGGCAAUCAAAGUGCCCGAGGGGCAGACGGCUCACCUGACAUGCAAUGUCACGGGCCACCCGCAGCCCAAGGUCACAUGGUUCAAAGACGGCAGGCCCCUGGCUGGCGGAGAUGCCCACCGCAUCUCUCCAGAUGGAGCCCUCCUGCAGGUCCUCCAAGCCAACCUGUCUAGCGCAGGCCACUACUCCUGUAUUGCGGCCAACGCCAUGGGAGAGAAGACCAAACAUUUCCAGCUUAGCGUCCUGGUGGUUCCCACCAUCCUGGGAGUGAGCGAGGACAGUGCUGAUGAGGAGGUGACCGUGACCAUCAACAACCCCGUCUCCCUGAUCUGCGAGGCGCUGGCCUUUCCCUCCCCAACCAUCACCUGGAUGAAGGAUGGGGCCCCGUUUGAGGGCUUGAACAAUAUCCAGCUGCUCCCAGGCACCCACGGGCUGCAGAUCCUGAAUGCCCAGAAAGAAGACGCAGGCCAGUACACCUGCGUGGUCACCAAUGAGCUUGGCGAGGCCCUGAAGAACUACCACGUGGAAGUCCUCAUUCCCCCUUCCAUCUCCAAAGAUGACCCCUCCGGGGAGGUCGGCGUGAAGGAAGUGAAGACCAACGUCAAUAGUACCUUGACCCUGGAGUGCGAGUGCUGGGCCACGCCCCCACCCACCAUCAGCUGGUACAAAGACGGACGGCCCGUGACCCCCAACCAGCGUGUCCACAUCCUUGGGGAAGGACAGCUACUCCAGAUCCGGCCCACGCAGGUCUCGGAUUCUGGGCGAUACGUGUGCAUGGCCACCAAUGUGGUUGGCGAGGAUGACCAGGACUUCAAUGUGCUCAUCCAGGUGCCCCCCAUGUUCCAGAAGGUGGGAGAUGCCGGUGCAGCCUUUGAGACCCUGUCCCGGGAGGAAGAGGCCCGAGGUGGGGUGACGGAAUACCGGGAGAUCGUGGAGAACAACCCCGCCUACCUGUACUGUGACACCAACGCGGUCCCACCCCCGAAACUCACCUGGUACAGGGAAGACCAGCCCCUCUCGGCCACAGAUGGGGUGUCUCUUCUGCAAGGAGGCCGGGUCCUGCAGAUCCCCCUGGUACGUGCGGAAGAUGCCGGGAGGUACUCUUGCAAGGCCUCCAAUGAGGUGGGCGCGGACUGGCUGCACUACCAGCUGCUGGUGCUGACCCCACCUGUGAUCCUGGGUGCCACAGAGGAGCUGGUGGAGGAGGUGACUGUCAACGCCAGCAGCACCGUCAGCCUACAGUGCCCAGCCCUGGGCAACCCUGUGCCCACCAUCUCGUGGCUCCAGAACGGGCUGCCUUUCUCCCCAAGCCCGUGGCUGCAGGUCCUGGAGGAUGGGCAAGUCUUGCAGGUGUCCACGGCAGAGGUGGCUGACGCUGCCAGCUACAUGUGUGUGGCCGAGAACCCGGCGGGCUCCGCGGAGAAGCUCUUCACCCUCAGGGUGCAAGUCCCACCACGAAUCGCGGGUCUGAACUCGGAGCAGGUCACCGCCAUCCUCGACAGCAGCAUCUCCUUCCCAUGCGAGGUCCACGCUCACCCGAGCCCUGAAGUCACGUGGUACAAGGACAGCCGGGCCCUCUCCAUGGGAGAAGACGUCUUCCUCCUGCCUGGCACCCACACGCUGCAGCUGGCUCGGGCACAGCCAUCGGACUCUGGAAUGUACAUGUGUGAGGCCCUCAAUGCCGCCGGCCGAGACCAAAAGCUGGUGCAGCUUAGCGUGCUGGUUCCCCCAACCUUCAGGCAGGCUUCCAGUGGCCCCCAGGGUGUGGUCCUGGUGAAGGCAGGGGACAAGGCCGUCCUGAGCUGCGAGACAGACUCACUUCCCGAGCCAGCCGUGACCUGGCACAAGGACGGGCAGCCCCUGAUCCUGGCACAGAGGACCCAAGCUCUGCUGGGUGGGCAGAGGCUGGAGAUCCAGGACACCCAGGUGUCGGAUAAAGGUUUAUACAGCUGUAGAGUCAACAAUACAGCCGGGGAGGCCGUGCGGACCUUCAUCCUCACAGUCCAGGUGCCCCCAACGUUUGAGAACCCCAAGACGGAGACCGUGAGUCAGGUGGCUGGAAGCCCCCUGGUCCUGAGCUGUGACGUCACUGCAGUCCCUGCACCUAGUGUUACUUGGCUGAAAGACAGAAUGCCUGUUGAAAGCAGUGUGGCACGUGGUGUGGUCUCCCGGGGGGGCCGCCUCCAGCUGAGUCACCUGCAGCCAGACCAGGCUGGCACCUACACGUGUGUGGCCAAAAACGCCCAGGAGGAGGCCCGCAAGGACUUUGUGGUGGCCGUGCUGGUGGCCCCCCGGAUCCGGAGCUCGGGCGCCACGCAGGAGCACAACAUCCUGGAGGGGCAGGGGCUGCGGCUGGACUGCGAGGCUGAUGGGCAGCCACCACCCGACGUGGCCUGGCUGAAGGACGGUGGCCCACUGGGCCAGGGCGCCGGCCCCCACCUCCGGUUCUACCUGGAGGGCAGCUCCCUGGUGCUAAAGGGCCUGAGGGCCUCGGACUCGGGGGCCUACACCUGCGUGGCCCACAACACGGCCGGUGAGGACGCCAGGCUGCACACCGUGAACGUGCUGGUGCCUCCCACCAUCGAACAGGGGGCAGAGGGCACAGGGACCCUGGUGAGCAGGGCUGGGGAGCUGGUGACCAUGGCGUGCCCUGUCCGGGGCUCCCCACGCAUCCACGUGAGCUGGCUCAAGGAUGGCCUGCCCCUUGCGCUCUCCCAGCGCACCCACCUCCACGGCUCGGGCCGCACCCUCAGGAUUUCCCAGGUGCAGCUGGCAGAUUCCGGCAUCUUCACCUGUGUGGCUUCGAGCCCAGCGGGCGUGGCCGACAGGAACUUUACCUUGCAGGUGCACGUGCCCCCUGUCCUGGAGCCGGUCGAGUUCCAGAAUGACGUGGCGGUGGUCCGUGGCUCCCUGGUGGUCCUCCCCUGUGAAGCCCGGGGCAGCCCCCUGCCCCUCGUGUUGUGGAUGAAGGAUGGGGAACCCUUUUUGCCCCGGAGCCUGGAACAGGGGCCUGGCCUACAUCUGGAGACAGUGGGAGUUGGCGACUCAGGGAUCUACUCCUGCGUGGCCGUGAGCGAGGCAGGGGAAGCGAGGAGGCAUUUCCAGCUGACGGUGAUGGAUCCCCCCCACAUUGAGGACUCAGGCCAGCCUGCAGAGCUGUUGCUGACCCCCGGCACCCCCUUGGAGCUCCUCUGCGACGCCCGGGGCACCCCCCAACCCAGCAUCACGUGGCACAAGGAUGGGCAGGCCCUGAACAGGCUGAAGGACAGCAAGAGGGCCGGGCGGGGGCUCCGGGUGGGUGACGCUGGGCUGUACACUUGCCUGGCCCAGAGCCCUGCUGGUGAAAUCGAGAAGAGCUUCCGGGUCAGAGUUCAAGCCCCCCCAAAUGUCAUUGGGCCCCAAGGCCCCCGCUUUGUGGUUGGCCUGGCCCCGGGACAGCUGGUUCUAGAGUGCUCGGUGGAGGCAGAUCCAGCACCGGAGAUUGAGUGGCACCGUGACGGCAUCCUGCUGCAGGCAGAUGCCCACACCCAGUUCCCAGCGCAGGGCAGGUUCCUCCAGCUGCAGGCCCUGAGCACGGCCGACAGUGGCAACUACAGCUGCACAGCCCGCAAUGUUGCAGGCAGCACCAGUGUGGCCUUCCACGUGGAGGUCCACACGGUGCCCACCAUCCGGCCGGGACCACCUGCAGUGAACGCCUCCGUGAACCAGACGGCUCUGCUGCCCUGCAAGGCAGAUGGUGCCCCCCCGCCCCUUGUGAACUGGCGGAAGGACGGCAUCCCUCUGGAUCCUGAGAGCCGCAGGUUUCAGGUUCUGCCUGAGGGUUCCCUGAGGAUCCAGCCAGUCCUCGCCCAGGAUGCUGGCUACUACCUCUGCCUGGCGUCCAACGCCGCAGGUUCCGAUCGGCAGGGCCGUGACCUCCGGGUCUUCGAGCCUCCAGCCAUCACCCCCGGCCCCUCCAACCUGACCCUGACUGCUGACACCGCCGCCUCACUGCCCUGUGAGGCCAGAGGCUCACCCAAGCCCCUUGUGGUCUGGUGGAAGGAUGGACAGAAGCUGGACUUCCGCCUGCAGCAGGGAGCCUACCGGCUCCUGCCCUCCAACGCCUUGCUCCUCACAGCCCCCAGCCCUCAGGAUUCAGCCCAGUUUGAGUGUGUGGCAAGCAAUGAACUGGGCGAGGCCCACAGGCUCUACUGGGUGAUGGUUCACGUGCCUCCCACCAUUGCCGACGACCAGACAGACUUCACUGUGACCAUGAUGGCGCCUGUGGUCCUCACGUGCCACAGCACAGGGGUGCCAGCCCCAGUUGUGUCCUGGAGCAAAGCAGGCACCCAGCUGGGGUUGCGGGGGAACGGCUACCGUGUGUCACCUUCGGGUGCCCUGGAGAUCAGGCAGGCCCUCCCCAUCCAUGCCAGCCGAUACACCUGCACGGCCCGCAGCUCCGCGGGCGUGGCCCACAAGCAUGUGGUCCUCACCGUGCAAGCCUCCCCCGUGGUAAAGCCACUACCCAGUGUGGUCUGGGCGGUGGCAGAGGAGGAGGUGCUGCUGCCCUGCGAGGCCUCGGGCAUCCCCCGGCCGAGCAUCACCUGGCAGAAGGAGGGGCUCAGCGUUCCUGCAGGGGUGAGGACCCAGGUCCUAACCAGUGGACAGCUGCGGAUUAUCCAUGUCAGCCCAGAGGAUGCUGGGAACUAUUUCUGCAUCGCCCAGAACAGCGCAGGCAGUGCCCUGGGGAAGACUCGGCUGGUGGUGCAAGUCCCGCCUGUGAUCGAGACUGGCCUUCCCGACCUGUCCACCACCGAAGGCUCCCACGUUCUCUUGCCCUGCACGGCCAGCGGCAGUCCUGAGCCCGACAUCACCUGGGAAAAGGACGGCCAGCCUGUGUCUGGAGCUGAGGGGAAGUUCACCAUCCAGCCUUCCGGGGAGCUGCUGGUGAAGAACUCAGAGAGCCAGGACGCUGGCACCUACACUUGCACUGCCGAGAAUGCCGUGGGCCGUGCCCGCCGCCGCAUGCGCCUCGCCAUCUUGGCACCGCCUGUCUUCACCAGCCUGCCUGGGGACCGCAGCCUGAACCUUGGGGACAGGCUGUGGCUUCACUGUGCGGCCCGUGGCAGCCCUACACCCCGAAUAGGCUGGACUGUCAACAACCAGCCAGUCACAGAGGGGGUGUCCGAGCAGGACGGGGGCAGCACACUGCAGCGGAUGGCAGUCACCAGAGAGGACAGCGGGACCUACAUCUGCUGGGCCGAGAACAGAGUGGACCGAGUGCAGGCGGUCAGCUUCGUCCACGUGAAGGAGGCUCCUGUCCUACAAGGGGAGGCUUUUUCCUACCUGGUGGAACCCGUUGGGGGCAGCGUCCGGCUGGACUGUGUGGUCCGUGGAGACCCAGCACCCAACAUCCACUGGAUCAAAGAUGGCCUUCUGCUGCAGGGCAGCCGGCUCCGGCACUGGCUGCAGAAUGGCUCGUUGACCAUCCGUAGGACCGAGAAGGACGACGCGGGACAAUACCAGUGCCUGGCGGAGAAUGAGCUGGGCGCGGUGGAGAAAGUGGUGGUCCUUGUGCUGCAGAGUGCCCCGGUGUUCCAGGUGAAGCCCCAAGACGUGACAGUGAGAUCUGGGGAUGCCGCGGCCCUGCGGUGCCAGGCCUCUGGAGAGCCGGUGCCCACAGUGGAGUGGCUGCGAGCGGGCCAGCCCUUGCGGACCAGCCGGCGGCUCAGGACCCUAACGGAUGGGAGCCUGUGGCUGGAGCGAGUGGAGGCUGGGGAUGCGGGCACAUAUGACUGUGUGGCACAGAGGUGGAUAGUGUCACUCUUGUUCUCUUCCUUCCUCACAGGGGAGCCCCGGGGGAGCCGGGGCAGCAUGAUUGGGGUGAUCAAUGGGCAGAAAUUUGGUAUGGCUGUCCUCAACACCAGCGUGCAACAGGAGGCACGUUCUGGGGUCACCACCAUCUGCAGCAGCAUCAGCCACAUCCCUGCGAGUGUGGGGCCUCUGAUGCGGGUGCUUGUGGUCGCCAUCGCCCCCAUCUACUGGGCUCUGGCCAGAGAGAGUGGAGAUGCCCUGAACGGCCACUCCCUGACAGGCGGCCGCUUCCAACAGGAGUCGCAUGUGGAGUUUGCCACAGGGGAGCUGCUCACAAUGACCCAGGUGGCCCGGGGCCUGGAUCCCGAUGGCUUCCUACUCCUCGACGUGGUGGUCAAUGGCAUCGUCCCCGAGAGCCUGGCGGACGCAGAUCUGCAAGUGCAGGACUUCCAGGAGCAGUACGUGCAGACGGGGCCCGGCCGGCUCUUUGUGGGCUCCACGCAGAGCUUCCUGCAGGACAGCCUCCUCUCGUUCCUGCGCGGCAACCACAGCAUCCGGUACGACGCGGCCCAGGGCCCCCAGCCCCAGCUGGUGCAGCACCUGCGGGCCUCUGCUAUCAGCUCGGCCUUCGACCCCGAGGCCAAGGCCCUGCACUUCCAGCUCUCCACGGCCCUGCAAGCUGAAGAGAAUGAAGUCGGCUGCCCAGAGGGCUUUGAGCUGGACACCCAGGGAGAGUUUUGCGUGGACAGGGACGAGUGCUCGGGCAGUCCCAGCCCCUGCGCCCACUCCUGCCGCAACGUGCCCGGCCGCUUCUCUUGCUCCUGCCCAGCUGGCUUCACCCUGGCCAGGGACGAAAGGACCUGCAGAGAUGUGGACGAGUGCGCUUGGGAGGCCGAUCCUUGCCGAGAGGGACAGCGCUGUGUGAACCUGCUGGGGUCCUACCGCUGCCUCCCUAACUGCGGGCCUGGCUUCCGGGUGGCCACUGAUGGAGCCGGUUGUGAAGAUGUGGACGAGUGUCUGGAGCAGAUGGACGAGUGUCACUACAGCCAGAUCUGUGAGAACACCCCAGGCGGGCACCGCUGCGGCUGCCCCAGGGGGUACCGGGUCCAGGGCCCCGGCCUGCCCUGCCUAGAUAUCGACGAGUGCCGGCAGCUGCCCCGGAGCUGUGCCUACCAGUGCCACAACCUCCAGGGCAGCUACCGCUGCCUGUGCCCGCCAGGCCAGACCCUCCUCCGAGACAGCAAGAAUUGCACCCCGCUGGAGCGCAGUGAACCAAACGUGACCACUGUCAGCCAUCGGGACCCCUUGGUGGCCUGGCUGCGUCCCCGCGCCCCUGUCCCCGGUGGGUCCUACCACGCCUGGGUCUCCCUCCGACCGGGCCCCAGAGCCCUGAGAGUGGGCCGGGCCUGGUGCCCUCCUGGCUUCAUCCAGCAGAACGGUGUCUGCACGGACCUGGACGAGUGCCGGGUGAGGAACCUUUGCCAGCACGCCUGCCGAAACACCGAGGGCAGUUACCAGUGCCUCUGCCCCCCUGGCUACCGCCUCCUCCCCAGCGGGAAGAACUGCCAGGACAUCAACGAGUGUCAGGAGGACAGCAUCGAGUGCGGGCCCAGCCAGAUGUGUUUCAACACCCGGGGCAGCUACCAGUGUGUGAACACACCGUGUCCUGCCACCUUCCGGCAGGGCUCAAGCCCUGGGACGUGCUUCCGGCGCUGCUCGCAGGACUGCAGCGCGGGCGGCCCCUCCACGCUGCAGUACAAGUUGCUGCCGCUGCCCCUGGGCGUGCGCGCCCUCCAAGAAGUGGCCCGCCUGGCGGCCCUCUCCGAGGCCGGCGUCCCCGCCAACCACACGGAGCUCAGCGUGCUCGAGUCGGACCCGCGCAGCCCCUUCGCCCUGCGCCCGCUGCGCGCCGGCCGCGGCGCGGUCUACACCCGCCGCGCGCUCACCCGCGCGGGCCUCUACCGGAUCACCGUGCGCGCCGCGGCGCCGCGCCACCAAAGCGUCUUCGUCCUGCUCAUCGCCGUGUCCCCCUACCCCUACUGA